AUGGGGGAGAUAUCAGAGGAGGUGGACCAUGGGCUGGGGGGGGACCCAGAGCCUGCCCGGAGGCAGCAGGGCCAGGCGCCGCUGGGCACCGUGCAGCAGGCCCCGCCGGCGUGGGGCCCCACGGAUGGCGGGACCACUGUGCAGGCAGGCACGCCCUACUCUUUCCACCAGCAGCCCGCACCGCACAGACUAGGUGCCGUCAUCUACUUAAAGGCUCUGGCAGAGGCUAACUACCCCAAAGGUGAUGACGAUGGCUCAGAGAGGGACAGUGACAAGGACACUGCGAUGGAAGCUGACCUGGGUGCCGCUGGCCUCGGGCCCCGCACAGAGCUGGACGAUGAAGACUACUAUCCCCAGGGCAUCUGGGACACGGUCUUCCUGGUGGCCCUGCUGCUCCUGGGGCUGCCGGCCAACGGGCUCAUGGCGUGGCUGGCUGGCUCGCAGGCUCGGCAGGGAGCGGGCACGCGGCUUGCCCUGCUCCUGCUCAGCCUGGCCCUCUCGGAUUUUUUGUUCCUGGCGGCAGCGGCCUUCCAGAUCCUGGAGAUCCAGCGCGGAGGGCACUGGCCGCUGGGGACGGCGGCCUGCCGCUUGUACUACUUCCUGUGGGCCGUGUCCUACUCCUCUGGCCUCUUCCUGCUGGCGGCCCUCAGCCUGGACCGCUGCCUGCUGGCACUGUGCCCACGCUGGUACCCGGGGCACCGCCCGGCCCGCCUGCCCCUCUGGGUCUGCGCCGGGGUCUGGGUGCUGGCCACGCUCUUCAGUGUGCCCUGGCUGGUCUUCCCGGAGGCCGCCGUCUGGGGGUAUGACCUGGUCAUCUGCCUGGACUUCUGGGACAGCGAGGAGCUGCCGCUGCGGAUGCUCGAGAUCCUGGGGGGAUUCCUGCCUUUCCUCCUGCUGCUCGUCUGCCACGUGCUCACCCAGGCUGCCGCCUGCAAGACCUGCUGCCGCCACCAGCCGAGGCCCACGGCCAGCCGUGGCUUUGCUCGUGUGGCCAAGACCAUUUUGUCAGCCUACGUGGUCUUGCGGCUGCCUUACCACCUGGCACAGCUGCUGUACCUGGCCUUCCUGUGGGACAUCUACCCGGGCUACCUGCUCUGGGAAGCCCUGGUCUACUCCGACUACCUGGUCCUGCUCAACAGCUGCCUCAGUCCCUUCCUCUGCCUCCUGGCCAGUGCCGACCUCCAGGCCCUGCUGCGCACCGUGAUCUCCUCCUUCGCGGCAGCUCUCUGCGAAGAAUGGCCCGCCAGCUUCACACCGGCCGAGCCACAGACCCAAGUGGAUUCUGGGGGUCAGACUUUGCCAGGGCCUAUGGCAGGGGCCCAACCCCAGGUGACCUCCACGGCCCAGCCACAGGCAGACCCCACAGCACAGCCACAGUUGGAUUCUGUGGCGCCCCCACAUUCAGAUUUUGUGGUCCAGCCUCAGCUGAACUCCUCAGCUCAGCCACAGGUGAACCAUGAGGCCCAGCCACAAGUGAGCCCUAAGGCCCAGACCCCCCGACCCGCUGCCGGCUCAGCCCCCAGUCCCUGUGAUGAAGUCUCUUCUGCUCCAUCCACAGAUCCCACCCCAGAAGCCCCUGCGAACGCAGCUGUGCCUGCUGUCUCUGAGGGAGAGAACCCCAGCAGUGUCCCCCCAGAGGAGGCCCCUGGAACAGGCCCCAUGUGAGGUUCCAGGAAAGUCCAGGCCCAUCAGGGCAGUGGAAGAGCUUGAAGGAGACAGACUAACCAGCCAGCCGGAGAGGAGGGGAGCCGCAGAGGAAGUCAUCAUGGAAAACCCCACCCAGUCCCCUGGGCCCGGCAGGAGGACUUUGGGGAAGUGAAAAUGAAGCACCAAAAAGUCCCCAGCAGUUUGUCAUGAGCGUCUUGUCCCUACCCAGGUCCCACUCCGGUUUUCCACGCUUGCCCCCUACACCCAGUGGUCCAGCAGUCAGAGCUGACGCUCUCCUGCUGGGCUCUGCCCCUAGGCAGCCUGGACCCCACCGACCCUAGUCUACCCCUAGCCUCAGUCCUGCAGGAGAAAACCAGCAGGGGUGACUUCCCAGGGCUUGAGCUGACCUCCCUUUGAUCCUUCCCUCCGCCCUCUUCUCCCUCACCCUCUAACUCAGCACGAGGAUGCCAACGGAGGAAGUCCCUGCAGAGAAGGCAGGCAUUCAAGAGCCAGCAGGAACCUGGGGCCCUAGGAGCCCACACAGGCUGGCCUGGCCCCCUGCCCCCAGCAGGUCGCGAGACCGCGGUGGCGGCGGGCCUCCAUCAGCAAGGCAGUGGGAGCGGGAGAGGAGGCCAGAGCUACCAAGCCCGGAUUCCACUCAGGCGCUGGUGACUCCGGAAAAGCCGCUUCACCCUCUGAGCGGCUGUUGCAUCCGCCAUAGGGAGGGUUCAGUCAGAAAGCGUGUGAGGCACUCGGCUAGAGCCUGGCACACAGUAGGGCCUCAGUAAACAGAAGUGCUUCCCUCGCUCCCAUCCAGAGAUGUCCCUGCAGGGGCUGGAGUCGGACGGGAGGAGGCAGCGCCUAGCCUUGGCCUCCGGGUGGGGGCCUGUGAGCUUUGGGGCAGAUCAGCUGUGCCCACGACCAGUUUGGGGCCUGAGAGAGCACGGGGCUGACUCUGUGCCUUGGAUGGCUCCAGAGGACUUCAGCGUCUGCUCCCUCCACUCAAGGGUUCAACUACUGUCCACCUGCCCUCCCCCCCCCCCCC